AUGGGUUUUCACGGUUGGGCUACUGCGUGUGAUGUGGGGUCGGUACCGCCACAGUGUCUCAGAGCUUUGCACCGGCGAACGUUGCGCGAUGCUGCAUUGCGGCGCCAGCGGGGCGAGUCGCCUGAAGAAUCUACUGAGGUCCAAGCUCCUACCCAUCCCAACGUACACCAGACUGUGCAACAAACAAGUAGCGGACGCCUCUGUCCUGAAGAUGUGCACCUACACAGUUUUGAAGUUUGGGUGCCUCUGUGCGAAAUCGCGACUACCAAGUUUUUGCCACUGAAGAGCUCUACGGCAGGGACAGGGUGCUCAACUGAAGCCACCCAGGGAAGCGAUGCACCUGCAAUGACUUUGUCAGAGGCUUUGGCCUCUCUUGGCGCGUCUCCUCGUAUUGGAGAAGCGAGCACACAAUACAAGGACCUUUGUCUUGUUGCAGGAGAAGUCGGCGUAUCUGUCGGCAGAGUGUACACCAGCCUAACAGCCUUCACGGAUGCAGACUCAGCUGGGACUGCGCAGCUCACAGCCACCAGGCUGCUCCUCCGUAAAGCUGGGCAUGAGCUUUUGGAUUUAGGAAUGAAUUUACCUUACAAAGCAUCUCUAGGCGCGAUGCCGCUGCCCCGGGAAGUUUUCCUCAAAUUGUUUCGACGCCUUCGCGACCGAAAUGCUGAGCCACUUGACGCUACCAUACAGCAUUGUCACGAGUCAACAGAAACCGCAGCCAAGCUACAACAUGUAGCCUUCGAACAAUCGAAGAGGAAAGGGGCUGGAAGAGCGGAUAAAAUGUCUUGUAUGGGAUGCAGCUUGAUGGGUCACAGAAAUCACCGUUCAGUCAACGACAGUAGCCGGCUGGUUACGGAGAUAGAGUCAGACACAGCAGUAGUAGUACUGCCUGUACUGGCGUAG